AUGUGUUCCAAAGAGUUUACCUUUGGUGAGGGCAUAGAGUUUAUAUUAAAACAAAUCUCAAUUAGUCCCGAAGAUCGACUGAGUUUUCAGGAAGAUGCUCAGCAAAUCGAGAAUGAGUUCGUCCGAGCAAUAUGUCGUCGAGAUCCCUUUUUUGCUCGAGCUUUCCGGGGCCUUUGCUUGACAGGAAGCAAUCUUAAUAGAGUAAAGAUAAAUCUACCAGAUGAAUUCGACAUGCUGACCAAGAUUGCUCUGCCAUGUGAUAUACAACCAGUUCCCGUGGCCGGACAUAGCGGCUACAUUCACCUUCAGGUUGGUGGUGACGACAUACCCCUUCAUCUCACGGAUCGUUUGGGUGAAUACUACUAUAUAAACCGCCGGAAGGUGCAGACCUGGUUCAGGGAGAACAUUAAUGCAGUGAUCCCGCACCUGAACUACAUUCGUUGCGCUGGCGGACGGAUCUACGAGCUGAGUAACCAAACCGGUGGCCAUGUGGCACACACCAUUAAAGCCAGAUGCUUAACGCAUCCUGGGCGCAAAAUUUCCUUUGAUUUUGUACCAGCCUUUGAGUUUUUGGCCUCGGAGUGGCCAAAGGCUUUUCGCAAGCAAAGGCUUUUCCCUAACAAGGGUCGCAGCUGGUACGCCGUGCCGCGCAAGAUAAGUUCUUCCAUCGCUGAGGAUCCUCUAACAUUUAUUGUGUGCGCUCCCCACUGGGAGAAAAUGGGACUGGAAAAGAAACAGCACCUCAAAGACGCUUUGAGGCUGAUGAAGGCGCUUCGAAUGGAAACGAAAAUAUUGUUUAGUUAUGCGAUCAAGAGUUUAUUCCUGAAUGCUACCAGUCAAAAGAGCAUCAACUGGAAUCAAUCGCCUGGACGCAUACUCAUUCGGGCUGUUGACUAUAUGGCCAUGUACCUUCGAAGGGGCUUUCUGCCUUUCUACUUGGUGCCAAAUGCCAAUAUAUUUGAGAAUCUUGCCGCAGAUCAGAGACGCGAAUGUAUGAAAAUAUCGCGUCGCAUCUUCCGGCGGCUCGUCAAGUGUCGCGAUCGCAACUGCAUGACCACAGAAGAUAUUCAGUUUAUCUUUGGCAAAAGCCUAGUCACUUAGGAUUAUUCCAAAUCCAUUUAUUUUUAAGUUGAAAGUUGAAGUAUCCUUAAAUUUCUUGAAUUUGUUGAAG